GUGGCUCAUCUUGUAUGCUCCUUCCAAAUAUAUUUAUAACCAAACCUAUUAAAAACAACUUACCUUUAUUGUUUAGUGUUGAACUCAAUUGUCUCCUUCCUGCAAUCUUGGAUGAUCUUUCUUUCCUGGCUAAUGUGGCUUUUUCUAUGAAUACAAACAUGUCAUCAAAUUAACCAUAAUUUCCCGAAAUAAGCUUUUCAAAUUAGUAUAUGGAGAAAUGUACCUUGAUAGUCAUGAGUUUGUGCACUCAAAUUAGUAGCAAUGUGAUGAUGCGCCAUCUGGGACUGGUUAACUCUCUGGUUCAGGUUGGGUGUGUCUGGGUUUACAUUGCAUACCUGUCCUUGUAGGGUGUUUUCCUUUCCUUCUAUCCACCUCUUGGGUGGAUUACUGGUGGUGUUUACAAUCCAACCUAAAAAAUUUACUCUUUUAGAAAUAGCAAAACAUCAACUUGAAUAAAGUAUUAAUAAUUUUUAAAACUUAUUAGUUACUUGAUAGUUGAGAUUCUGAGUUAUGUGAUCCUUCUUCAACAGCAUCCAUUUGGUUAUCACCAGAUAAGUUCUUUGCCAUAGUCAAGUCAUUGUUGCCACAAUAUACGUCGACCUUUCGUUUGUUACUUAAGCUGUGUCCUUCGGCAUGGUCUACGGUUCAUUUUAACUUGCAUUAGUUUAGUAUAGACAUGUUCAUAAUAGUUUUUCAAAUUGACUAACUAUUGUCCUUUUUUAGUACUUGUUUCUACCUUGCAAACUAAUACAAAAGAACCAACUGCCGAAAAUUCAAGCUUUUUAUCAAAUGGAUUUACAAACUAAUCAGAUUAUGUAAGGAACAUACCAUGCUUUUCUGGAAUUGAGCUCAAUCUAAUAGGUUAAAGAGGCUUUCUCAUGACUUUCUGGUCCCAUAUUUCUGAGUCUGAUGUCUUUAACUUUUUACGUUUGGCAUCCAUGAUAUUUCUUCUUUCCUUUCUAGCACACGAAGCUUGAGAAGGAUACAUUACUUAAAGGUCUUCAAUGAAUGUCAUGACUUUUUCUGCUGUGUGUGACUGUUAGGGGUAAUCUGUGCACCUUCUAUGUGAGCUCCUCAAUAGGGUAUGGAUUAAAUGUUGUAUAAUUUUGGUUGAGAAGGUGAAUUAGUUAGAACUGAAUAAACUAUCCAGGUCUCACUUUAGCUAUUUUGUGGUGGUUCUACAAUUGAAUGAAUAUUGUUUUACUUAACCCUAAAUAACAGGAUAGUUCUGAAUUUCUGUAGUCACGCUGAACUUUUGUUAUGUAUAACCUUGCAACAAUGCUCCUUCUCUCACUUUGAUAUGUUCUUUAGUGGCAAGUUUUUAAGAAUUCUUUGUUAAAUAAAUUAGGAUACCUUAUCUAGAUACUUUAGAGUUGAAAAUAACAUAUUAGAAGACAGAGUGGGCAGCUCUUUUCAAGUACAUUUUAGUGUAUAAGAAAAUUCAGAUUUCUAUGCUAGUUGAAAAUUAUUGUGCAUUUUAGGUACAUGGUGAUUUUAUAAUGCUCUUUUAUAUAAGUUUUGAGCUAUACAUUGAUGUGAAAUUCAUAUUUGAUACUUAAUUGUAUACUAUGAAGUCCUGUAUUUUAAUUCAAGCACAGUCGCCGCCGCCAGUUGGUCAGCUUUCUUCAUUGUCACCAUCUCACACCCAGCAGCCGCGGAAGAAGCAGCAGGUCCCAGGGCUCUUUGCCUCGUCAUCCCCUCGUACUCGGAAGCACGCCGUCCUUGUGCAAAUCGUCGCCAGCAGCAGCGAUAGAAGGUCUCGGUGGGUGGGUCUUCAUUCGUCAUCUUACUUUGAGCCUGGCCGUCAGCUUUUUGCGACGCACCCCGAUUUGAUAAUCAUGGCGCCUGAUAGGAGUUGGAUGUCACGAAGGCAAGAUUGCACUGGUCAUCUAAGCGAGGAAUUUAAGAAAGGUGUUGUGGAAUUCCUAUAUUUUGUAGAAAGAAAUCCGACAGUCAUUGAUAGUUUAGGUCGCAUUCUUUGUCCAUGCACAAAAUGUAAGAACAGGAUUAGGGAUGAAAUAUUUUGGGUCGAAAAGUAUUUGUGUGAUCAUGGGUUUAUAGAGGGUUAUACAAACUGGACUGCUCAUGGUGAAGAAAGAUGGGUUGAACAGGAUGCAACAAAUGUUACCCAAGAACAUGAGGAAGAGAAUACAAAUCCAUAUGUAGACAUGGUUAUUGAUGCUGCAGGUGAUAACUUAAAUGUAAUGAAAGGUUUAGAAGAGGAUCCAAAUCCAUCAGCGUCGAAGUUUUAUAAGUUGCUGAGGAGUGCUGACGAACCUUUGUGGGAUGGCUACACCAAGCAUACAAUAUUGUCAGCUGUAACCCAGCUAGUGAACUUGAAAUCAGAAUUCAACAUGAGUGAGAGCUGUUAUAAUCGAAUGGUUGCCAUAAUCAAGAGCAUGCUCCCAGAAUCAGAGAAGUUGCUAGAAGAUUUUUACCGGUCAAAGACAAUGAUUCAAGAAUUACGAUUAGGAUAUGAUAAAAUUGAUGCUUGUCCUAAUCACUGCAUGCUAUAUUAUAAAGAAACAAGUGACAAGACUAGUUAUGCAGCUUGCACAAUGUGUGGACACCCAUGAUUUAAGCCAAAGGCAGAGGAUACAAUUAAUAGUAGUAGGUGUGUGCCAUACUCAAUAUUGAGAUAUUUUCCUAUUACUCCAAGGCUUCAACGUUUGUUUAUGUCUAAAACUAAUGCGCAAUAUAUGAAGUGGCAUGUGGAUGGAGUACGCCACGAUGAAUCGGUUAUCACACAUCCGGCUAAUGCUGAUGCUUGGAAACAAUUUGAUGCCACCCAUGAACUAUUUGCCCAAGAAUCUAGAAAUGUUAGUCUUGGACUUUGCACUGAUGGUUUUAAUCCAUUUUCUGGCUCGAAGACUCCAUACUCAUGUUGGCCUGUGUUUGUCACACCUUACAAUCUUCCUCCAAGUAUGUGCAUGAGAAGAGAGUACAUAUUCCUUAGUCUUUUGAUCCCUGGAUCGAAGUCUCCCGAAAAAAGAUUAGAUGUUUAUCUUAGACCGCUGAUUGACAAGUUAAAGGUUUUGUAGGACAAUGGUGUUACUACUUAUGAUGCAUGGCAAAAGAAAAAUUUUAACAUGAAGGUAGCAUUAUUAUGGACUAUAAGCGAUUUUUCGGCUUAUGAAAUGUUGUCUGGUUGGAGCACUCACGGUCAACUUUCUUGUCCGAUUUGCAUGAAGAACACUAAAUCGUUUCGACUACAACACGGCGGUAAACCCUGCUGGUUUGAUUGUCAUCGACAGUACUUGCCUGCUGGUCAUGCAUUUCGUCGUGAUCGAUACUUUUUUAAAAACUCAACCGUGGAAAACUCUUUUCUAGCGAAAUGAAUGAGUGGAGUUGACAUCUUAAAUGAGUUGGACAGACUCGAGGAAGCUAACUUUGGGGCUAAUUCGAGAGGAAAAAAGGGUGACUUUGGUACCAUUCAUAAUUGGGUGAGAAAAAGUAUAUUUGGGAGUUGCCUUAUUGGUCAACUAAUUUGAUAAGACACAAUUUAGACAUUAUGCAUAUUGAAAAAUAAAAAUUAUAUAUUAUAGGAUAGUCUAAUGAUGUUUUCUUAGUUUGUUGGAAUUGCAGCCCAUGACAUCUCACUAAAAGUAGAAGUGAUUUGGAAGUGAAAUUUUAUUUUCAGAAGCUGUCUAAGUUUUACCUUCAAUCUUGUAAUUAUUAUUAUUUUUAUUCUUUUUGUGGCCAUGAAUAAACUCGAACUCAUGUAUUUGGAUAAGGGUUGGUGGUGGGGGUUGUUAUUGUGAAGAAACUCUUAAUAUGUUCUAUGAUUUUUGGCUCGCAGGAGGAUUAAACAGUGGCCAUUUCUCUCACGAAUAGUAUAGCUGAUUAAGCAAGAACUAAUCCAGUUGUGGUUCAAAUUCAUGAGAGUAAGGAGUCAGUUCAGUUUUUCUCAAUAAAUCAGAAACUAAUUAUAUUCAAGGGGGGAAACAGUUUUGGAUCUAAAAAGUUCAUAGAAGAAAAAGGGUCAACACUUUCUAAAGAAACGCCACAAGGAUUUUCUUUAACCAGAAGGGCAAGAACAUUGAGUGAGCUCCAUAUUUUUGUCACAUUGCUGCUUGAAUCUCCCAAAGUAACAGCAAAGACAGCAUCAAAUCCUCCUGCUCCUGGAACUCCAGCCAACAACACUCCUUCCAAGUUCAGUGUAGCAUCUAAAAGUUUUGUUUGUGAUUCUGGUUCAAUCUGCAUGAAUUGCAAGAAAAGAGUAGUGAUAUUCUACCAGCAGAUAUAACUUAUAAUCAACAUCAUUCAAACAGAAGAAGCCUAAUAAUAAGUGCCAAA